AUAUUAACAAUCUUAGCCUCUUGUCACUCAAACGUCAAUUAUGUACAGUGUAGAUUAGUAUUACAACUAAUAAUAAAAGAGUAUUCCACUCACAUGAAAUGAAUUAGCAUAUUAGAUCAGGCCACUUGUGAUUGUGAUCUGAGAUUCCGACGGCAUUCGAUCAGUGAGUCAGUGGUCAACUUAGUCGGUCUGCUGAGAUUCACAGUUUGAUAGCUGAACCUUCAAAAUGGCCUCAGGGAGUUUCCGCUGGCAGUCGAUGAAGUCCAUGCCCACAAAGCGGGUGUUUGCAACGCCAGUGACCUACGCCGACGGCCUGUAUGUGGUCGGGGGAUGUGACGAGAAGGGGGCACCCCUGGACAAUGUGGAGGUGUAUGACAUGAGUGAGAAGGAAGUCAAGUGGAAGAAGCUGCCACCGAUGCCGACGAAGCGAGCAGGUCCUGGUGUAGCUGCACUGAAGAACAAAAUCGUAGUUAUUGGGGGGGUGUCCGAGGCCCAGAACCCACUUGAUGUGGUGGAAGUGUACGACAUAGAGAAGAAAGAGUGGAAGAAGGGAGAAAGCAUGAUUGAACCUCUCUUGGGAAUGUCAGUGUUAGUGAAAGAUGGGAAGAUUCUUGUCCUCGGUGGCAUGGGAAAAGAUACAAAUCCUCAUGACUACUUCUUUGAGUUGGACAUUGACUCGGAGCCGUUCAAGUGGAGUCGUUUAACAGGGAUGCCAACCCCACGCUAUGCAUCAGCUACCUUCCAUAUUGGAUCAGACCUGUUUGUUUUAGGAGGACGACAGGGCAAGAUUCCCACGGAUGUAUUUGAGGUGUAUCACUUCGAGACCAGGAAGUGGGAAAAACUGCCCCCUGUUCCUAGCAAGCGUGUGUUCCCGAUGUACGUGACGGACGACACCAACAUCUACAGCCUGGGUGGACUGCAACAACCACCCGACCUCGGCUUCUCUGAUGUCUGCGAGGUCUUUAGUCUAGAGAAAAAACAGUGGAAGGUUGGCACCCCUAUGCCCACAAAGAGAGGUGAUAUGGCUGCUGGGAUUGUGGGAGGAAAGGUUGUAUGUGCUGGUGGACUAGGUAACACUGGCAAGCCACUGAAUGUAGUAGAGGCCUAUGACCCGGCCAGCAACACCUGGACGGAGAUCUCCAACCUGCCCACAACUCACUGCUCAUGUGCGUGUAUCAUCUUCAAGAACAGGCUCCAUGUGAUAGGUGGUCUGUCUCUCAAGGGGCCCAGUUCAUGCAUGGAAGCUCUCAGCUACUCCUAGGCCAUGGUGGGCGCUGUAGGGACACAGCAAGGGUUUCUCAGGUCAUCACCGCUUCAUUUCGCUCAUCAGCCGUCUCUGCAGAACUGUCGACAGUCCCUGGCCAUCUAUUUUGUGAUAAAGUCUUUGACAUUUAGAAGUUCACAUUUAAUUGUAGUGGAGAAAAUUGCAGAAUUUAUCUUUAAUAAUAAUUAUUUAACUCAUUAUGUACAUAAUUCAGUUUAAAAUUAAUUGGUCAAGGGGUCCUUAUCAUAUAAAUAAUGUUUUGGUAGAGAUUAUGUGGUCACAAAAUUAGAAUUCCACUGAAGAAAGUGCAAGGACCAUCCCUUACCUUUAAACACAAUAACUAGUCAUUUUUUAGCAAUAUCUAAAGAAUAAACAGUUUCCUGAUUUUUGAUGAAAAUCACUUCACAGACACCAAGCUUGUCUCCGGAAAUCUAUCUUGUCAAUAUUGCACGGUUUUUUUGACAUUGUAAGUAGUUUCUUGCAGUAUUUGCUGGGGACUGUGUGCAAUAAUCUAGGAGCAAGGUUUCCUGUCAGUUGUGUUGUCCCAUCAGCUACUAACACAAUCUCAUUAAAAUCAGACCUUAGUUCUCGCUACCGCUAAACAAAGAUCUGAAGACAUCCCAUUAGGGGUCACACAAGAACGACCUUUCAUCCGACCAAUGCGAG